GUUAUUGGCUGGUUUAUUCGUGUUAGUUCUCGUGCUUUCGAUACCUUCAAAGCUCCUUCAAUUUUUGGCGGGUAGGUGACCGUGAGGCAGGCAGGCAGUGGUGUGCAGUGCCGGCGGCCGGACUGGGCUGAAGAGCGGCGCCAUCAUGGAGACCCUGGUGGCCAACGUGGACGACAUGGUGUUCGACAUCGAGGUGACGCUGCGGGAGCAGCUGGGCGCCCAGUCGCUGCCAUUCGCCGGCAUGGACAAGUCCAUGUCGGGAGUGUGCAACUUCUUCGCCAAGGGUCGGUGCACGCGCGGAGACCUGUGCCCGUUCCGACACCUGCGCGGCGACCGCUCCAUCGUCUGCAAACACUGGCUGCGCGGACUCUGCAAGAAGGGGGACUCGUGCGAGUUCCUGCACGAGUACGACAUGACCAAGAUGCCCGAGUGCUACUUCUACGCCAAGUUCAACGCCUGCCACAACAAGGAGUGUCCGUUCCUGCACAUUGACCCGGAGACCAAGCAGCGCGACUGCCCGUGGUACGACCGCGGCUUCUGCCGGCACGGGCCGCUCUGCCGCAACCGGCACGUGCGGCGCGUGCUCUGCCUCAGCUAUCUGGCCGGCUUCUGCCCGGCCGGCGCCGGCUGCCGCCUCAUACAUCCGCGGUUCGAGCUGCCGCAGAGCACCGAGGAGGGCAAGCCCGGCUCCAAGGGCAAGUCCAACAUCACCUGCCACUACUGCGGCGAGGUGGGCCACAAGGUCGUCAACUGCUUCAAAAUGUCGCCCGACAAGCGGGAGGCGCAGUUGCGCCAGGCCUCGGAGAAGUAUGAGGCGGCGGCCGCCCGGUACAUCGGCGGUGGCUCGCACGGUCGCCACGACACGGACCGCAUCACGUGUUACAAGUGCGGCGAGAAGGGCCACUUCGCCAACCGCUGCACGCACGGCGCCUACUCGUUCCUCAGCUCGGCGCCGCCGGCGCCCGCCCAGGCGCCGGGCGCCACGUGAGCCGGACACGCGGCGGCAGG